UGAGUGUCCGUGAGGAGUCGGCAACCUUGAGAAGAUCUGGUCACAGAGCCUCCUGACUUGAAACCAUGCAGCUUCUUUCCCAUAUUUUCUAGAGCCUGGAGCUGCGUGGGGCAAUUCAAUCAUUAUUAUACCCACCCACCCAUGGGAUUACCGGUGGACGCAGCCGGACACCCUUGGGCAUCGAUGCCUGCCUUCAAUCUGCCUGGAAGGGAAGGCUAACUCUUCAGCAAACCCUAUAGCGAACCGAUCCGCCUCUGAGAUACGUUGCUUCCCAUUCUCCUCACUGCACUUCAAUUAAGAUCCCUUUUGUUAGUUCCUGAUUCUCCCCAUCCUCGAGUGACAGCACGCUACCUGCUGGGUAGAGAGGUAUCGAGAUAGAUGUCGUAGCAAACAGCCAUGCGCUCCGUAACAUAAAAAGGAAAUAAAAUCUGUUGGGCCCGAAGCUUCUCGAAAUCCCCUUUCGAUGACUUGGUCCGCACCACCGUAAUAUGUAGUCUACUAGCCAUGCCACUGUCUCAUCAAUCGCCUCCAACAUAAACUUCCACUUAGAAGUGCUUUCUCCUGCCUGCUUGGCCGCCGUACUAAAAUAGCGCCGCUUUCCCUUGAUCAGUUGUGGCAAAGCAAAAUGAAUAAUAUUAAGGAUUGGAAGGCUCUUGCUGUUCACCUGGACCGUGGGGAUUUCCGCCGAGACGUCCGAUUGUAUCUCCAACCGGGGGAUCAUCUUAUCAUCCCUAUCCCACCAGCACACGCCUUUGGCGCUGUCCGGUAUAUCUGCUGAAACCCUGCUAGAGGUUAUUGCCUGUAGGGGAUCAAACGCUCUAGCGGAGGCCCACUGACGACGCACAGUCUUAAUAUUAUAGUCAGACAGACGGAGCGCAGUACGAUCUCUUGAGUUCUCUGGAGUGACUUGGAGAGACGAAACGCUUGCCGCCGUUGUUUCUUUCCCGCUCCUCUCUCUCUGCCCCUCUCUCCCAUUGUUAGCCGCCUCAUCUUCUCUCGUCCUUUUCACCCACCCACCCCUUUAUUUAGUUUUUUAAGACUUACUCUUCACAUCUCUCACCCACAGUCAGUCACACCAUCCCCUCUCCCUCCCCUCCUCCGCACAAAAGUGUCAACAUCCCUGGUGUCAUAGAUAAAGUAUGUGGCGUCAAUGAUUAGCUCCGCUUCCCGCACACUCUGCCGACUGAAUCACCCGCCUUGGUGCUUUUCCGGCUCCACGGAUCGAUCCGCUGCUCGCGUGUCUGGCUGACCGAUUGCUGGUUGCGUUGACUGAAGAAGCUGGAGUCUACGCACAACAACCCAACCCAAUUAAUAAUCCCGUGACCGGGCGCUUCACAUGUUUCCGGAUUAGUUAGUUAGCAAAGCUGCCAUUUUGCAUUUCGCCUCCUCCCUCCACCCCCCUCAGUCAGGCUCCUCGACUCUACCCCAUCCCCCCUCCCCACAAUCCUCAUUCCGCUCGGACUCUGCGAAAUAAUGCGGCCAAUAAUGACUGUGUUGAGUACUGACUGCCAAUGCCUUAUUCCUCGUGUUUAGGAUAAGCCCCGUGCUCCUGUCUCAUCGACCCGCUCUUUGUUCACCGCGUUCCUGGCGCCCUCGGUUUGCGCCCUCGGUCUGCCCCAGAACCUUCCAAACUGUGGAUUCACCUUGGGAGCCGCGCAUAACUUCCCCUACCUACCAUGAACCUGGGGAAGCGGGUAAAUAACACACCGUUGAAAAUCCCCGGUGUAUGGUUUUUCGCUCUACGAUCCCAUCUCAAUAACCUCCUCCGAUUACUCCUAGGCGCUAGAACAUCAGUAUCCGUGUUUGCACGAUCGCACGCCUGUCCCACUCUGUCUACAUUUAUCGUUGAAACCCCACACGCGUGUCAGAUACAGUGGCACUUGCACAGCGGCUGCAGGCUCAGCUGUCCAUAGCCCAGGCCUGACUUCUACCACCUUUGCAAUACUUUCGCACUGCCCGCCACAGCAAGUCCCAUUUACUUGUGGCCUCGGUCAGCGCUCCGCUCCCGAUUGUGCCGAUGCAGGCGUUCUCAUUUGUUCCCCCUAGCAUGGGCCCCGCCGAGGGCCAGAAGAACUAUGUUUUUGUGGACGAACACAACAGACACAAGCGUCUCAAGGUUAUGAGAGCUUGCAAUGGCUGUCGCAAACGAAAGAUUAAAUGCGAUGCUGCAACCACCAAUACCUGGCCCUGCUCCGCGUGUACUCGAUUGAAACUUGUUUGCAUCCCCCCAACCAUCGGCCAGGAUGGCGAUUUUUCAUCCCAUGGCCAAAUGCCUGAGUCGAGUCAGCAGCCGCCGCCAACGAAUCUUCUUCAUUCCGCAGAUUUAGACCUUUCCUCCCAGAACAUAUCUCACCAACCGCUUUUUCUUGAUAGGACACAUGCUCAGAGUAUUGGAGGCGGCCGAAGCUAUAGUGAGGAAUCCCGGUUGUAUCAAGCGCAAGCAUAUACAGAACAUGCGCAAAGCCCCCGGCAUAUAUAUCACGCCCUCUCUCCACCGCAUCUUGUUCCUAUGCAACAUAACCAAACAUUUCAACAUAACCCGAACCUAUACACUACGUCACCACCUCAUCAACUCCUAACGAGAGUGGACACUACAUCGUAUGCGAAAUCUGAACAUUCAAAUGCAGAAGAUCUGAGCGAUGCACUUGGCGAUCUUAAAAUUGACGAAACUGGUGUUGCCGCUUAUAUCCGGCAACCUCGAAAAGGAGACAAAGAUCCGGAAGUUCCGACCGCAGAGGAAGGUGACGCGAAGCUCCCACCCUUUAUUUCGACCUCUGGCGCAACUAUUCGUAUACCCCCUGAACUGAUGCCAUCAGACGACGACGCUAUGAAAUAUUUCGAUAUUUACUUUACCCAUAUCCACCCUUAUGUACCUGUCGUGCAUCGAGGCCACUUAUAUCAGCAAUGGCAAUCCGAUAAAACAUCCAUAUCGCCCCUUCUUUUAGAGGGCAUAUUUGCUUGUGCCGGGAGGAUGUCGGAUGAUCCCGCGCAAGGAGCACAGUGGCUUGCGCUGGGCAAUCGGCACGAAGCGGCAUUUAUGGAAGCUCCUCGACUGAGUACGAUCCAGGCCUUAUUACUUUUCCUAAAAGCUAGAGAGGGCUCCCCGAAAAAAGGUUACUUCUACCGCUCUUGGCAGACGGUGAAGACUAUGGUUUCCAUGGCGAAGGACCUCGAUCUUCAUGAACACCACAGCUAUCAUGCUGAAGGACAACCUUGUGGGCUUGAUACAGUUGAAUGCCUCGUCCAAACCAGAGUAUGGCAAGCCCUUUUGGUGGUCGAAACAAUGAUCGGUGGUCCUCAAGGGCGCUCGGAUUUUGGAGUUGAUCCAGAUUCUGUUGAAUACGGGACUUCAUUGAAUAUUCCCAAUUUAGACGCUUUUGAAAUCGAAAGGUCACGAUUAUUUGCUUAUUUUAUACGCAAUGUCCGCAGCAUUCGACUGAUCACAGAUUCAUAUCAUAAGCUCAAGAGACAACCGGACUGGGGAGCCGAUCCUCGAUUUAUAGAAAACAACACCCUAAUCCCAGACUGGCUCGCCAACCUUCCGCCCGACUUGCAGGUCACAUAUCCGCCAGAUGGGUCUCCGCCAUGGCUUCCAUCCCACCUUGUGGGAAAUAUGCAUUCUCAUUUCCACCUUUCCACCAUAAUCCUACACCGUCCUCAACUUCUGGCAUCGAAAUCUUUCGCCGCUGGCGGGAAAUGGAGAACUCAUAUGCUUCUCUGUUAUAAUUCAGCAAAAAAGCUCUGUCGCCUACAGGAAGCGAUUAUACGAUCCUUUGGUUUGAACGGCUUGUUUUACAUGCAGCGCGGUAUCAGCUUUACUGUAUAUGGUAUCUUGACAUGUACGAUGUUGCAUCUCAUUGCGAUCACCUCCCCUGACCCCGAGCUUAACUCCGAUGCAAGGAUAUAUUUCACCCGCCACAUGCGUCUCCUCGAACAAUGUGCAACUACAUGGCCUGUUCCCGAUUUACAAGAGUCGAUCAACCAACUUCGAUUAGCGUUUUCGGCCGAUAUUAACAAGCCAUUUGAGCUAAAACGGAGCUUUCCCUAUGGUAGUCCAUCAGAUCAACAUCACCCCAGUCCUCCAAUGGACUCUCACUACUUAUCCUCGUCCUUUGCUGCAAGUUGCCCAGAACAGAAUCAACUCGCAUAUGGAACCCACGCACUCACGCCUCCUAUAUCUGCUGAGGUUAAUGAUAAGGCAGGCGGCCCUACACUACAAGAGAUAAUGCAGAGUCAUGACCAAAACCAAGACCUGCUCAACAUCCCAUUGGCCGAUAGUAACACCUGGGAUCCCACUCGAAUUAUCAACCAAUGGGACCUUGCCUUCUCUGGCGGUGGAUCCAAUGCUUCCAGCACGAAUUCUCCUCCACUCUCAGCAACCAACCCCUCGCAGGACGGCCAGAGCCUCCCAGCCCAAUACCGCAUGCACUAUUCCCAAACGCCCAAGAUGUCCUCCAUGCCUGUCCCGCAACCUAUGGCCCAGCCCACUUAUAGCAACAUGCAGUCGGUGAUUAGCGCGCGAGACUGGCAACGCAGUGUCGCUAGUGUAUACGACCCACAAGGCUUGAAAAGGAGGUGGGAUCAUCAGGUAAAUUUGGACCAGGACCGCGGAUGAAUGUGAGAAGAGCGCUCCAUUCUCACCAUUACGCACCCGUGAAAUACCAUGGGACGACUACCCGCCUUCCGGACCAUAUGGUAGAUGCAUGUGCUAGUAUUCAAGAGAUUGUGCUGUUGCGCCAAGCUUGAUGCGGGAACUUGUUCCCGUUUCCAAUGCAUUUCCAUAUCCAAACACAUUUUGCAUCGAUAGUGGUGACUAUCUAAGGUGAUUUUAGAUAUAAUGCUUGUCAUUCAUGACAAUCAUAGUCCAGGGGUGCAACCAAGUCGUUUUCGGACUCGAGGCAUCACAUCGUGACAUCAUACCGGUCCUGCAACUCCCCAAUCAUGUUAAUCCGAUUACCAUUUAUAUACUCAUACCAACAUUUACCCAUGCUUGAUCAACGAACAAAAAAGAAAAAAGAUAAAGAUAAAAACAACAUACAGAUUUUUUCCCAUAUAUACCCCGAUAUUUAACGCCCCCAUUUGCUUCUUUCGAAGAACGAGAACACAUCGAUGCGUUUUAUGUUAAUUUUUCUCUGCUAUGAUGGGACGAAUGUGUGCGAUUUUUGCGUUUGUUCUUACUGCUCUGCUUAAUUACUAUUCUUGUUUAGCAUACACACACACACACAUAUAUAUAUAUAUUUCUGGCCCUUUCGGUUUCUUAACCAGGCCUGGGUAUCCAUUACAAGUUACUAUCUAGUAUUUGGGAACGGCUGCCCGCAUCUGUUAGAGGAUGAUGGACACCCGUGUCUAAAUGUUGUAUGUGGUCGCUAGACCCAUUUUUCUUUUCACACCUUUUCCUCUCAUCUCACCUUUUCCCUUCCUUCUUCCAUCUAUUUCAACUUUUAUUUCAUAUCCCUUUUUAUUUUGUUAUUGGAAAGGAGGCCCAUGGUUUGGAUGGGAGGCUAUUUGUUACUUGUCAUGUUCCUGUUUCGUAUGUGCCUGUACAUUAGACAAUUGAUUCCAUUGAGGAUUCAGGCGAUUGGGCUUUGAAUUUCUUUUUUUUCUUUUUCUUUUCUUUUUCUUUUUAUUUUUCUUUUCUUUUAU